AUGGGUGGUGACAUAAAUGAAUAUCAACUCAUUCCUGAAACAAUAAGGCCUUCUGUAGCGGCAAAAGAGGCAAAUGAGGUACGCUUUGAAAGAACCUUCACUGUUACUAAUAAGGAUAUACUAUUACACAAAAAGUUGAAUAAAGAUCAGCUUAGAGCAUACAAUAUAAUUAUAGAGAGACUUUUUUCAAACAAAGCUGGGGCAUUCUUCAUUGACGGACCUGGAGGAACAGGGAAAACCUUUUUAUAUCGUGCAUUGUUGGCAACUGUACGAUCUAAAGGGUAUAUAGCAUUGGCAACUGCCACUUCCGGUGUAGCUGCAUCUAUACUUCCCGGUGGACGAACUGCACAUUCACGUUUUAAAAUUCCAAUAAAUACUGAUGACAAUGUGACCUGCAACAUCAGCAAACAAAGCUCACCUGCGUGUUUGAUUCAGGAUACAAAAUUAAUUAUAUGGGAUGAAGUAUCUAUGACAAAAAAGAGAAUGAUCGAACUGCUUGAUUUACUUUUAAAGGACUUAAUGGAUUCAACGAUACUAUUUGGUGGAAAAGUUAUAGUUUUCGGAGGUGACUUCAGGCAGACAUUGCCGGUAGUUCGAAACGGAAAAAAGGAAGAUUUCAUUAAUGAAAGAAACGGAGAAGAAAAAGUAAACUCAACAAACAAGAUUCAAAUUCCUACUUCUUUGAUCAUUCCUUAUACAACCGAAAAGGAAUCUUUGGAUAAAUUAUUCGCGAUAACUUAUCCAGACGUGCAUAUAUUUUUUUCCUCCUCAUCCUGUACAAGUUCUCGCAUUAUCUUAACAACUAAGAAUGAUUUCGUCGAGGAUAUCAACGACAUGCUUGUUGCUCGCUUCCCAGAAGAAUCAAAAACUUUUAUUGGUAUUGAUGAAACUAUUGAAUCUCAUGAUCAAUUACAAUCUGAGGAUCUGUUGCACAGUUUAAAUUCACCUGGAAGAUUUGUUUUUCAAUUGCCCGCACCAGUAGCCUCUGAAGAAAUUGGAGAGAGCAGUAACACUAAAUUGGAAAAUGUUGAACUCAAGAAAGAGAUAGAAAACGAAGACAACAGUCAGUCGAAUGUGGAACAAUUUACACCCAGAGAAGAGCGAGCUGAAGAGGGAGUUAAUACAGAAGGUGGCUCUUCUACCAAGAGGGAACAAGGAGACUCCCCCAAGAAAAAAUGA